AUGCUGGUGCUGUACGAUGUCCUCGGUGAGGUCGGAAGCUCUGAGCGCCACCCGAACGCGUUCCGCGUCUCUGAUUCGGUCCAUCCCAUUCGUCUGAAGGACGUUCAAGAUGCAUGUCCCUUUGAACACUGCCAUUUUAGCUUCCAACACGAAAACGGAGUGUUUGGAUCGUAUACGAACCCCAACUCGGUCGUCCCGAUCGUGAACCGUUCGCGGAUCCGUGCGAAAAUUGUCGUGUCGGCUGGGCCAGUUGCCGAGAAGGGAGUGCAUCACGACGACGUUAUCCACGUUAUGGCCGCCUCCGCUGGGACAGCGCGAUCAUCGUCGCGCACCAACUCAUCCAGCUCACAAUCGUCUUCUCAACGCAAAUCGACAAAGGACCAAGAUCACGCGGCUCCAUGGGAGGCCACAUUUGGAGACAAUCCAUCUCGCGACAGCAGUGGCGGCAGUAACACGUCCCGAGGCGCGGAGGGUUCCAGUGCAUUGGGCGGCAUUUCCACGGCCGAGAUCAAAGAAAAGUUAAAAAAGCAGACGGAAAUCGCCAAGGACUUUGCAAAGAACUUGCACGUGGACGAUAUGAAGCGGAACGCUGUUGAGUUUGCCAAGACGAUGAACCUUGACGAAACGGCGCGCAAGGCCAAGAAGUGGGGAGGGUCGUUGCUCAGCUCGAUCAGCAACUCGAUCUCGAGUGCCAGCAACGCCAUGUCCAAGGUCAACAUUGUGCGGCUGCUGGCCGAAGGCGGGUAUGGCCAAGUCUUUUUGGUCAAGACGGUUGGCUCCAACGAGACGUGCGCGCUAAAGCGAGUUGUCAUAACUUCUGCCGAAGUUGAAAGCGAUGCAGCGAUCGAGCGCCAAGUGUACCAGAACGUGCACCACCCCCACGUCAUGCGCAUGCUGCAAUAUGGCGAAAAUCGCUCCAGCAACAAGCACGAGGCACUGUUUCUGCUCCCAUUUUACGACCAUGGAACCCUCUGGGAUGCGAUUUUGCGAGCCGCCAACGACACAGACCAACCAUGGCCGUUUGACGAACGGCGCAUUUUGAACAUCUUCCAAGGGAUUGCGUCGGGCGUGGCGGCGUUGCAUGCGGCAGGGUUCGCCCAUCGCGAUCUAAAGCCACACAACGUCCUCUUGGACCACCGCGACCACUCCAUCUUGAUGGACUUUGGCAGUUGCGCGCCGCUCGUGACGGAAAUCGCCGACCGCCGCACGUUGAUGCUUGUCCAAGAGAAUGCGAACCGCAAAUGCUCGGCGCCUUAUCGCGCCCCAGAGCUGUUUGAGCCAGAGGUUGGCCACAUCGUGAAUGGCCAGUCCGACGUGUGGUCACUGGGCUGCCUAUUAUUCUGCAUGGCGUUCGGAUCGAGCCCGUUUGAGAAUUCGCGCGAGGGUUUCCUGCGCUUAGCUUGUCUCAAUGGCAAAGUUCCAUUUCCUCCCACCCAAGGCGACGUGGUGCGGUUCCGAGGAGUCGAGUAUUCGAUCGACUUGAUCGAAUUCAUCAAGGACAUGCUGCAUCUGGACCCGUCCGACCGGCCAUCCAUGACGGAUGUGGUCGAGUACACGGCGGAAUUGCUCCAUGGGGAGUGA